UGUUGCUCCAAAUGCUCCACUGCACAGACUCCAAAUAGUCUCUUCCUCUCUAUCCAGCAUCCCUCCAGACGAGAUGAAAAUCGAUACGAAAACAUGUAGGAAAACGGGCGAGAGACACACAUUCCUCCAUAGUUUAGCAAAAUGCUUUGACUCCAAGUGCGUGCUUCAGAAAAUUAGCUGCUUUAGUGUAGAACGAUGUUGAACACCAACCGCAAUUUGCUUUUCAAGGCCAUUAUCCUCGCCCUAUGCACCAUAUCCUUCGUGCACGUCUUCUUGUUCCCCCUGUACGAGCUCAAGAACCGAAGGGGUGCCGCAAGGACGUUCUCGGACCUCGAGCAGUCGCUCUGCAUGAGCAACAUCAAGAAACGAGGCGUUUGGAGGAGUGGGAGGUGUCCUCAGUACGGGGUAGUGAGCGUGGUUCAAGGUGGCCGAUUGGGCAACCAGAUGUGGGAGUACGCCUCAGUAUGGGCCUUAGCCAGACGCACCGGCUUGGAGCCCUACGUGCCCAGAUGCAUCCGGACCAAGCUGGACCAAGUGUUCGAGCACCUGACAGUCUCAACUUUUGAAGAAAUCGGCCAUUGUCCAAUGCAGAUGGAGCAUUUCGUGCGGUCAUUGGACGCGUGGAACUUCACCAACCAGAGCAUCAUCCUGCCGAGGUACUACGUCCAGCCUGAAUUAGUGUUGACUUGGGUCCAAGAUAUCGUGCAGGAGUUUACCAUGAGGAAGAAACUGGUUGCCAGGAGUCAGGAAGUUUUGCAAGCUGUGGUCAAAGCGACCGAGAAGGAAUAUCCUAAAAAUAUCACUCCCACGUUUGUUGGGGUCCAUGUCCGUAGAACAGACUACAUUGGCUACCUGAGGAUAAAACACCACGUCGGUCCAGCACACAGGAGGUUUUUCCUCGCAGCGAUGAAGAUUUUCGAGGAGAAAUACGAGGGAGUGGUGUUUGUAGUGGUUAGCGACGACCCGGUAUGGUGUUGGAAGACUUUUUUGGCGAAAAAUAAUGCUUACGUGGUGGGAUGGCAUCAGAAAAACUCACCAGCUUUAGAUAUGGCGAUACUGGCGGCUUGUAAUCACACCAUCUAUGACUACGGUACUUUUGGCGAAUGGGGCGCCAUUUUGGCUGGCGGCGAUACCAUCUACUACAACGUGAGCAGUCAUUCGUCUGCUAAAUUGGGACAGCUCAUGGCAAACUGGCAUACCAUUUGAAUCAACGAAAUACUUUCGAAAGGCUGACACAGAUUCAUCGUUUAUUUUUCUACGGAGAAAAUCUGGUACCUAUACCUGGUUUAGAAACGAUAUUUUUUCAAAAAGAAGUUCAUCUAUUUAUCUAUACACUCUGUACCUAAGUUACCAAGUAUGGUAUUCGAAAAUGUGCCAAAAUGAAUAAGACUAAAAGUAGGAGAUGAAGUUUCUAGAGUUUAUGUGAGUAAAAGAAGUUUUGAUAUUCUGUUUUUUCCUUGAGGCUAUAUAAAUGUUUAUCAGAUUCACUCGAUUUUGUUUAAGAUUCAAAGGGUUGUUCAAAAAAAUCGAAAUUUGGAAAAUCAAACUCCGGUUUGAUCCUAUAUACCAGAUGUCCCAGUGCUUUCAGGCCAGCAAAUAUCUGUGUCUUAUCUCAAUAUACAAAAAAUUUCAUAAAAUUGAAGAAUUUAUGGAAGCAGAAGCUCUCUAAAAUGGUGAGAUCAAAUUACCCUCGUAUCAAACAAUCUACUAGAAAUCACCCCUUACUCUGGUUUUUCAUAUUGCAC